AUGGAUCCACCCUCGAUGGCUGAAAAGGCUCAAAGUGAGGCCAACACUGAUGACUCAGAUGUGUUCUCUCACCCCAGCUCAUCAACCCCACCCCACAGACCAGGCCACGGUGGAGUCCACCGCCAUCACCAAGGUGUGUCCCGUCCCCAUGGCGAGUCCCACCAUCAUGGCAUAUCCCAUCAUCAUGGUGGAUCUCACCACCCUGAUGAGUUCCAAGACUUCCACGACAAUGCCUUCUCCCACCAUGGAGAGGCCCGCUGUCACCACUCCCCAUCCCUUUCCCCGGAUCCUUCCCAGGGCACUUUCAUCUCCCACCUUUCCUACGGUAAGGACCACUUUGAUGGUGAACAGCACUGUGGCAGCAGGAGACAUCGCGGGAGGUCCCACCAACACAGGGAGUCCUACCAUGGGGGGUCUCACCGCCACAGCGAGGUUUCCCACCGUAGUGGGCUUCACCACCAAGGUGAGCCUGACUGCCAUAGAGAGUCCUCCCACUAUGACAGCCCUGCGCACCACAGUGAGGCCCAUCACCAGGGCGGGCACCACCAUCAGGAAGCCCACCACCACAGAAGGCCUGCCUCCAUGGGCUCCUACCACCGCGGCGAGCACCACCACCCUGCCGAGCAUCACGGCGGCGAGCACCACCGCGGUGAGCACCAUCCAGGCGAGCGUCACCGCGGCGAGGAUCACCGCGGCGAGCAUCAUCCCGGCGAGCAUCACCGCGGCGAGCAUCACCGCGGCGAGCAUCAUCCCGGCGAGCAUCACCGCGGCGAGCAUCACCCCGGCGAGCAUCCCCGCGGCGAGCAUCACCGCGGCGAGCAUCCCCGCGGCGAGCAUCAUCCUGGCGAGCAUCACCGCGGCGAGCAUCACGUCAACAAGCAUCACCCGGCCAAGCACCACGGCGGCGAGCAUCACAGCGGCGAGCACCACCGCGGCGAGCACCACCACAGGGCGCACCAGCACAGUGCACCUCCUCAUCAUUACCUCCACCGAGAUCACCGCUACGGGGAGUACCAUCGUGGCAAUUCCCAGCUCUUUGACCCAUACACGUCCUACAGCGUGACCUCAGCCUCCCUCGGCUCUGCCUAUUCUCGUCAAGUAGCCCCCCAACCUAGCAAGCCGGAAAGACAGAGCUCAGCCUUCAACUUGGUUCGUGCCCAUAGCACAGUGUACUCACAGCACUCCCAGACCUCCAGCAAAGUCCAUCCUCAGGACUCCUCCUCUAAAACCUCAGAAAGCUGGCCUGGGGAAGAAGAGCAGAUUCAGAAGCGCAAAAGUGGCCGAGCCCUGCGGACCCACAAGAAGUUGCAUGCUGUGAACCUCUUCCCCUGGUUGUGGGAAAAAUUAAGCCAUCUCCUUUGGGGCCUUCGGAGAAUGCUUAGGAAACUGACCGACUCCCUGGCCUUUGAAGCCUUCAUCGUCUUCAUCGUCUGCCUCAACACCGCCAUGCUUGUGGCCCAGACCUUUGCUGAAGUCGAGGUCCGGGGAGAGUGGUACUUUAUGGCCUUGGACUCCAUCUUUCUCUGCAUCUACGUGGUAGAAGCUGUGCUCAAAAUCGUUGCUCUGGGCCUCAAGUAUUUUUUGGACCCCUGGAACAACCUGGAUUUCUUCAUCAUGGUCAUGGCUGUGCUGGACUUCAUGCUUGUGCAGGUCAACUCUUCCUCCACACGCGCGGUCUAUAACCAAAGCGUCUUCCGCAUGUUCAAGGUCUUCAAGAGCCUGCGAGCCUUGCGGGCUAUCCGGGUCCUACGGAGGCUCAGCUUCCUGACCAGCCUCCAGGAAGUGACUGGGACCCUGGGCCGGUCCCUGCCGUCCAUCACCGCCAUCCUCAUCCUUAUGUUCACCUGCCUCUUUCUGUUCUCUGUGGUGCUCCGGGCACUGUUCCGUCACUCUGACCCCAAGCGCUUCGGGAACAUCUUCACCACCAUCUUCACCCUCUUCACCUUGCUCACCCUGGACGACUGGUCCCUCAUCUACCUGGACAGCCGGGCCCAGGGCGCCUGGUACAUCAUCCCCAUUCUCAUGAUCUAUAUCAUCAUCCAGUACUUCAUCUUCCUCAACCUGGUAAUUGCCGUCCUGGUGGAUAACUUCCAGAUGGCCCUGCUCAAAGGCCUGGAGAAAGUGAAGCAGGAGGCCGCCCAGAUCCGUGAGAAGCUGCUGGAUGACUCACUGACAGAACUCAUUGAAGCAGAGCCUAAAGAGGUGAUAAGUGAACACACUAUACAGAAGCAGCUCAUUGAGAAAAAAUUUGGAGCCAUGACUGAGAAGCAGCAGGAGCUCCUGUUCCAUUUCCUGCAGCUGGUGGCUGGGGUGGAGCAUUUCCAGCAGAAAUUCCGCUCCCAGGCAGCUGUCAUCGAUGAGAUUGUGGACACCGCAUUUGAGGCUGGAGAAGAGGACUUCAGGAAGUGACCCCCAGAGAGGCAGCCCGGGUCCAGACUUCAGCCCCUGGCAGGCUGUCCACUGGGUCGGACCAAAUCCCUGUAUCUGCUGGAAAGAUCGUUGGGCCUGCAGGGCUGGGCCCCAACAGAGUUUUAAAACUCCA